UCUGCCAUUUUGAGUCGCUUUAUCUGUGUAUAGGUAAUGCUGGCUCAAAACAAGUCGUUAAUGAGCAUCGCUAUUUGAAUAUGGAUCUGCUAUCAACUGCUGGUAUUUUUAUUGGAUAGUUUUCAUAUCUCAAGCUGGCUGGAUGAAGACAAGCUCUCUGGAUUUGUUUGUCUUCCAGUUCUAGUGGCCGUAUGUGAGAGCAUCAAUGCUUUUACUUUAGAGAUUAAAUAACUCAUUUACUGGGCAAACAUUACUAGCAAUAUGUUUCCAAAAACCAGCCUUUCAACAUGAAUGAAACCUUUGUGAAAGAGUUCCUAGCCAAAGCCAAAGAAGACUUUUUAAGAAAAUGGGAAAGCCCCCCUCAGAAUACUGCUGGUUUAGAUGACUUCGAGAGGCUAAAAACACUUGGAACCGGAUCAUUUGGCAGAGUCAUGCUGGUGAAACACAAAUCCACAGAGCAGUAUUAUGCCAUGAAGAUACUGGAUAAACAAAAAGUGGUUAAGCUGAAGCAAAUAGAACACACACUUAAUGAAAAGAGAAUAUUACAAGCAGUGAACUUCCCUUUCCUUGUAAGACUGGAGUAUUCUUUUAAGGACAAUUCUAAUUUAUACAUGGUUAUGGAAUAUGUUCCUGGGGGUGAAAUGUUCUCACAUCUAAGAAGAAUUGGAAGAUUCAGCGAACCACAUGCACGAUUUUAUGCAGCUCAGAUAGUGCUAACAUUUGAGUACCUCCAUUCACUAGACCUCAUCUACAGAGAUCUGAAACCCGAAAAUCUUUUAAUUGACCAGCAAGGAUAUAUCCAGGUCACAGAUUUUGGGUUUGCAAAAAGAGUAAAAGGCAGAACCUGGACGUUAUGUGGGACUCCAGAAUACUUGGCGCCAGAAAUAAUUCUCAGCAAGGGCUACAACAAAGCAGUGGAUUGGUGGGCCUUAGGAGUUUUAAUUUAUGAAAUGGCAGCUGGAUAUCCUCCGUUCUUUGCAGAUCAACCAAUCCAGAUUUAUGAAAAAAUUGUUUCUGGAAAGGUACGAUUCCCAUCACACUUCAGCUCAGACCUUAAGGAUCUACUAAGAAAUUUACUCCAGGUAGAUUUGACCAAACGAUAUGGAAAUCUCAAGAAUGGGGUGAAUGAUAUUAAAAACCACAAAUGGUUUGCCACUACAGAUUGGAUUGCCAUUUAUCAAAGAAAGGUAGAAGCUCCAUUCAUACCAAAAUGUAGAGGCCCUGGAGAUACCAGCAACUUUGAUGACUAUGAAGAAGAAGAUAUCCGUGUGUCUCUAACAGAGAAAUGUGCAAAGGAAUUUGCUGAUUUUUAGUACUUGCUGGAUGAUCAGAGGACAUCAGGGCUUACAUUGGGAUCUUUGCACUCUGUUAACUCAUGAGGGUGGAGCGGAGACCAUCAUAUGUCAAAACAAUUACCUAGUUACUUCAUUCCACAAAGUUGACUGAGGUCUUUAUUGCCAUCUUCCAUGUGUGCAGUUUGCACCAACCCUUAUAACUAGGCACAAUUAAGCAAAGCACUGUUUGUGCUGUAACACAGAAUAUAGACCACUUUUUCCUAAUUACCUUUUUGGUUUCUGUCGUUUUCCUUUGGUUUCUGUGUAUUGUUGUUCAUUUCCCCUCCCUCUUCUUUCUCUUUCUCCCUCUUCCCUCCCCUUUUAAAAUGAAGUAGCCUUUUACCCAAGAACGCUCCGUUUUAUUUUGAAUAAUGCAUUUGUGCGAAUGAAACUGAAGGUGUUUCUGGCUAGUGUGACUUAGACCGAAGUGAAAGAUAAGUGUUGCUUCUAGUCUGUGCCAGCCAAUCCUUCCGUAUCUGUCUUUGUGUCUGAGGCUACAGUUCAUAGGUUUGUAUUCCCCCCCUCCCAAGUAGCUCAGACUAAAUCUAGCCAACACCACUAGCAUUUUUGAGGAUAGUAUUUAUCGCCAUACGAGUGUAUGCUAAUUGACUUAAAACACAUCUUCCUGGAGACUGACCAAACUUAGUAUCAAAAUUGGACAGUUUGUGUAGGGUUCAGUAGCUAGACCCCGUGCCUUGGUUUUCUACAUGCUGGCAGUCCUCCCUGCCUCAUAUUUCUUUUUUUCCUUUCCUAGGCAGUAGGUAAAUAUGCCAUAAGCAUUCUGUGCCAUGAGAAGCACAGUCUCAAUAAGCAGGAACAAUUCCAUCCAGCCUGGGCUUUGGACCAUAUCUAACCAUGCUUAAGUAGCUAUUUAAAUGGGGUUUUGUUUUGUUUUAACACCUUAAAACCCAAAACAUUUAAAAGAUUUGGUCAGUAUUGUCAGAGACUUAAGACUGAUUUUUUUUUAAAGUAAUGUCAAGGUUGGGGCUCCUGAAGUAUUUCACAUUUCAACCCUUUUUUAUCAAAGAGGGGGAAAGCAUCUUUUUUUUUAAGAAAAAGAAAAAAACCUCUUCAGGUUAUGAGAAUGAAUGGUUUAGCAAAUUGAAAAAUUAGUGUUACAAUAUUGAUGCAUUGCUAGAUAAACCUGGUAUUUCUGUUAGCUGUGAAGAAUAAAAGAAGUAAAUGCCAAGUUUUUUAUUCUGGUAUACUAUAUUAGUAAAUCACGGAUGGAGUGCUGCUCCUAUCAUGGUUCCUACCAGCAGCUCUUCAUUCGCAUGGAAAAGAGGCAAAAAAGUUUUCAAAGUGCCACCAUCUGUGAUGUGGUGUCUUCAUUUCUAACAUACUUUUUUUCUUUCAGUGAAAUGGAAUGUACGGUCACACGGAGAAUUGUUUGAGUUGCGUUAAGUUUUUAUAAUCUCACCAACUGACUUAAAAAAGGGUAUUGCCGCCAUGUGCUAGCUCCCAGCACUUUUACACUCACUUGUUUCAGUGUUUGUUAACAAUCAGUGGCUCAGCACAACCUUAUUUGUGCUUUUAAAUUUGUCCAUAUACAACUUUUUUAAGUCAGGCGCUCAAUUUCUCAGUGGCCUGUCCGAAGAUGAUGAUGGCACAUCAAUUAUGUCUAAAAUAAACUUAGGCUCAUGUUUUAUGAUCAAUUUACAUGCAUAUGAGGAUGAAGUGUUUUUAUUAAACUGAUCUAGAUCGCUUACGUAGUCACGGUGUUCUGUAGAAUGCCAGGGCAGAUGAGACAAUUGGCAUUGCUUCCUUUUAAUCUUUAUGACACUCCUUUAGGAAAAUAAAAGUCUCCGUAGACAUUUUUGCGAAAUAAAAUGUACCAUGCAACGUUAUGUAUGUCUCUUUAAGUUGUCAAGCAGUUUUGCACAUAUUCAUCGUUAGGAGUCUGUUUGCCAUCUUUGUCCACCCCACCCUGCCCCCCGUCUACGUAUGUGCAAGACAAGGAUACGAUACUUUGCGGUAGCAAAUUUUAUGUAAUAACUAUAUUGUCACAUUAAUAAAUUAAAAGAAAUUAUUUGUAUGAAAAAACAAUCUUUUGUAUUUCAUCUAGGCUGAGGACAUGCUGUUGUAUGCUAGCUGUAUGCGAUAAAUUCUACAGUGACUUUGUUGUUUAUGGACUUUGAAAAUUUUAAUAAAUGCUGGAGAUCACCUUUUUCAAUUCUGUUGUGAAUUUUAGCCAGUAGCAUAAUCGGAUAACACACGAGACACGUGUCUUCUCUAACAUAAGUAGUGAGACUUCACUCUGGCUGUCUCUUAAGGAAUGCAAGGGACCGAUUCCAGCAUGUCCAAAAAUUCAAAUCUAGGUGGACAUAUUUUUGAAGUACCCUCUUAAUUUCUUUGGUUUAAGCUUAUUUAACUAUUUAACAUGUGUCAGAAACAAACAGUAAAAAUAAAUCCUAAAGCAGAAUAAUAGACUGGAAAUAAAAGGGGUUUGGACAAAAGAUAAGGAGGAGGUCCUUUACAAAGAGUACAAACUUGGCAAUAUGUUACAUGGCCCUGUCAUUUUAAAAAACACAAAAUGAGAGCCACAAGAUCAUGAUGCCUGUAUUUAAUUUCAAAAAUCCUUUCCAUCACUCAAAUGCUGUAUAUUUGACAGUAGAGAUUUGUUAAUUUUACACAAAUUGAGGAAUUAAGUGUUGGACUGUAUGGUAUCUUUUAACUGUACUCUAGUUGUAUGUAACUCUCAUUUUCAACAUAAAGGAUUGUAUCUCAUUAAGUAAAUUGCUUCUUUUAUUUUCUUGUCAGCUGCAUUAAAACCCUUAUUUUUAAA